UUUUCUAGGGAACAUGGGGAGGCAAUCUGAACCCAUAAUAAACCAUUUCAGCCAUCAACACCCUCUACACCUAACUAACCCUCAACCAUCUAGAGUAUGUUCAGCCUGCAAACAAACCCUAGAAACUGAACCACUUUACACAUGCAGAUCACCAUCAUGCACUACUUUCUCCCUCCACCUCAAAUGCUCCCACCUCCCUCACAGAAUCACCCACCCUUGCCACCACAAUCACCCCCUCUCCCUGCUCCCAAAAUCACACAACCCUAAUGGCGUUUUCGCUUGCAACGCCUGUGGGAAUGAUGGCGAUGGCUUUUCGUACACCUGCAAAGACUGUGGUGUUAGUAUCCAUGUGGUGUGUGCUACGCUGCCUCUGUGUUUAUCUCACCAGAGCCAUGGUCACCAACUCGGGCUGGUGUUUGCGUCACCGUAUGCGACCGGUGGCUUUAGUUGUGAUGUGUGUGGUGUGAUUGAGGGAGGGAAGUGUUGGUUGUAUAGGUGUGGCUCUUGUGGAUUUGAUGCUCAUUUGUCUUGCGCCACAUCCAAGGCACAAGGGGUGUCCGGGGAUGGAAGUAGUACUUACCAAGAGAGGUUGUAUAUGAAUCAAAUCAAUAAUCAGAGAGACCAAAUUCUCCGAGCAAUGAUGAUGGGUUAUGGUGGUGGUGGUAACGCGAAUAAUCGGUUGUUGCAAACGAUGAUGGGUGGUGGUGGUGGUAACAUGAAUAACCAAAUCCUGCAAGCGGUCAUGGGGGGCGGCGGUGGUGGUGGAAGCAACCAAUUGCUGCAAGCAUUCAUGGGUGGCGGAGGUGGUGGUGGCGGCGGAGACUUGAUACAAUCAUUGCUUAAUGGAUCGAAUUGUGGACUUGGCGGGUUGGAUUUAAGUUCAGUUCUUGGAAAUGUUGGUGAUUUUGAUGGAUUAAUGGGUGCCGGAUUGGGAGGUUUUAGCCUUUAAAUUAGGCAAAUUAGAUUUUAAUAAUUCAAACUAAAAAUUAUUGCCGAUAAAAACUCAUACAAGCAAUUUGAAUAAUGGCAUUCUUAAUUUUUAUUUUCGUAGCAAGGAGUGAUCCACCUUAACAGAAAAGUAAAUAACGUCAUCUGCCUUUACUAAAGUGGCUAAUUUUUAUCUCAAUCAUAAUGUUGUAGAGUGAUUUGAAACGAAAUAAAUGAAAGUGGGCGUAAACGAUGUUUUCUUCAUUUGAGUGGGAUUGCUCUGGGCAAUGAAAGUGAAAGUUAAUUAGGAGCGUCGCUGGUUACAUUACCAAUAUGAAUUAUUAUCGGUUUGUAAGUUAUAGUUUAAAUUAUUAGAAUCCAAUUUGUUAAAGUUUUCAUCUUUCAUCAUAUUGAGAAAAAUAAAACUCAAUGGUCAUGAGUGAUAACCUCUUCCUUUUCCCCUUUCCGUUUUCUUUCUUUUGGUAUAAAUAAUUAUAAUACCUCCGGUUAAUUAAUGGCAAAUUGCCUUUAUGAGUAAAGAUUUGUAACGAUCAUGAAGUCAACCUAAAGAUUUUCA